AUGGGGAGGAAUUUAAGAAAUGGAGGGGUGUUUGCUGUGAUGUUGUUGUUGGGGUUGUUUGCUUUGCAGAUUGCUGAUGGUAGGAGGCUUGAGAAGGACACGUUGGGUGGCGGUGGCCUUGGUGGAGGCGGAGGGUUUGGUGGUGGUGGUGGCCUUGGCGGCGGUGGUGGACUAGGUGGUGGAGGCGGAGCUGGUGGUGGGCUCGGGGGAGGUUCUGGUGGAGGGCUAGGAGGUGGUGGUGGCAAGGGAGGAGGGUUUGGUGGAGGCGUUGGAGGUGGUGGUGGCAAGGGGGGAGGGUUUGGUGGAGGUGUCGGAGGUGGUGCUGGUGGAGGAGCUGGAGGUGGAGCAGGUGGAGGGUUUGGAGGUGGUGCAGGAGGUGGAAAGGGUGGAGGGUUUGGUGGAGGUUCCGGUGGAGGAAUUGGAGGAGGAGCUGGGGGUGGAGCCGGUGGAGGAUUUGGAGGUGGUGCUGGAGGUGGAAAGGGUGGAGGGUUUGGUGGAGGUUCCGGUGGAGGAAUUGGAGGAGGAGCUGGGGGUGGAGCCGGUGGAGGAUUUGGAGGUGGUGCUGGAGGUGGAAAGGGCGGAGGGUUUGGUGGAGGUUCGGGUGGAGGAGCUGGAGGAGGUGCCGGUGGAGGAUUUGGAGGUGGAAAGGGAGGAGGGUUUGGUGGAGGUUCUGGUGGAGGAGUUGGAGGAGGAGCUGGAGGAGGGUUUGGAGGUGGAUCGGGAGGUGGAGGCGGUCUAGGAGGUGGAUCAGGAGGAGGGUUUGGUGGGGGUGCUGGUGGUGGAUUUGGCGGAGGAGCCGGAGGAGGUGGAGGUUUUGGUGGCGGACAUUAG